AUGGAAUCGGCACAAGCGUUCAUCGCGUUUCUACGUUGUGAAGCCAAGCAGGCGGAGGAACGAGCCAAGAGCCUCAGAGCCACGGCUUUGAUCAUUGAAGCCAACAGUCAAGAAGGCCGUGGCAAGAAGAAACGAAAGCGUGAAAAGAGGAGAGCUCCAACGGCUUAUACCCUCUUUGUUCAUGAGAACUAUGACAACAUUCGCAAGUCUCAUGGCGACGACGAUAUGCCAUCACGGGAGAUUAUGGCGCUCGUAGGGCAGCAAUGGGCGGCAACUAGCACGGCCGAACGACAAAUGUGGCAGUUUCGGGCCGAGCAAAUGAAACAUCAGCAACAGGGAGACGAAGAGUUGCCAGAAUUGCCCGCUCCCGUUGUAGCACAACAACAGCCCGAUGAUGGUGGUGGCAAGAAACGGGCUCGCAAGCAAGCAAUGGUGGCUGCUUCUGCCGUUCAUGUAUAA